UCACGCUGCCGGUGGUGGCUCCCGCGGCUCCCGGCGGCGCCGUUCCCUGCCCGCGCGACUCUGCGACGCACUGCUCCGGCGGCUCCCGCCGCGGCGAAGCUCCGGGGCUGCGCGGUUUCCCGCGGUGGCGCGGCUCAUGUCCCCGGGCGCGGGGCGCGCAGGUGGGCCGGCCGCCGCUGGGAGAUAGGCCCCCGGGGGCGGCCGCGGUGGACUAUGGCACGGAGACCCAGGGCGCCGGCCCCCUACGGGGAGGAGUUCUCCUUCGUCAGCCCGCUGGUGAAAUACCUGCUCUUCUUCUUCAACAUGCUUUUCUGGGUGAUUUCCAUGGUGAUGGUAGGUGUGGGUGUCUAUGCCAGGCUGAUGAAACACGCAGAAGCAGCCUUGGCUUACCUGGAGGUAGACCCUGCCAUCCUGCUGAUUGUGGUGGGUGUCCUCAUGUUCCUGCUCACCUUCUGUGGCUGUAUUGGAUCCCUCCGUGAAAAUAUCUGCCUCCUGCAGACGUUCUCCUUCUGCCUCACCAUUGUGUUCCUGCUACAGCUGGCUGCUGGGGUGCUGGGCUUCGUCUUCUCAGACAAGGCUCGGGGGAAAGUGAAUGAGAUCAUCAACAAUGCCAUUGUGCACUACCGAGAUGACUUGGAUCUGCAGAACCUCAUUGAUUUUGGCCAGAAGAAGUUCAGCUGCUGUGGAGGGAUUUCCUACAAGGAUUGGUCCCAGAAUAUGUAUUUCAACUGCUCAGAUGACAACCCUAGCCGUGAGCGAUGCUCUGUGCCUUACUCCUGUUGUUUGCCUACCCCCAACCAGGCGGUGAUCAACACUAUGUGUGGCCAAGGUAUGCAGGAUUUUGACUACUUGGAAGCUAGUAAAGUCAUCUACACCAAUGGCUGUAUUGACAAGUUGGUCAACUGGAUACACAGCAACCUAUUCUUACUUGGUGGUGUGGCACUGGGCCUAGCCAUUCCUCAGCUGGUGGGAAUUCUGCUGUCCCAGAUCCUCGUGAAUCAGAUCAAAGACCAAAUCAAGCUACAGCUCUACAAUCAGCAGCAUCAGGCAGACCCGUGGUACUGAGAAUCCUUCCUGCACCUCCUCACCAUAGCGACAGGCAAUCCAAUGGAGAUUUGGAUUCCAGCCCCCCACCAUUGGUGACCCAGCAGGAGGAAGCAAACUCCAGAUGGGCAGAAGGCAGGGCACAAAGGUGGCUCAGGUCUCAGAAGGAUGUAUCUCCUCUCCUCUUUCCUAGUCCUCAUAUCAUUAUUUUGUAUUGUUUCUAACCUUAAACAUUUGGGUUUAAGUUUUGGGAAACAGAAGUUGCACAGAGAGUUGUGGGGGGUACUAGCUGCUGCCUUUUCACUGAGGUACUACAACUGACAGCUUUGUUAGGGCUGCUGCUGAGCUUGGUGGACAUACUUAGAUGCUGCUGCCAGAGAGACCUGGCUGCAGAGAGCAGACACCAGCAGCCCUGCCUGGAGUCCAGUUGGCAUGAUACCAGCUCCAGAAGGGAAAGGAGUGGAGCAGGCAGUGGGGAGAGAGCUUGGGGGUCAGUUGGGGACAGCUGUGUGUGUUUGGUAGGAGUGGAGAGGGGAUAUGUUUACCAAAUGCCUGCCCUGCCAUCCUCCCAGGUAGUCAGAAUGAGCUACAUCCUGCCCUCCCUCAUUUCCGUGGAAACAUGGCAGCAAGGGUAAGGGAUACAACAGCUGCCAAAUUUAUCCCCACCCCAUCCCACCCCCUCUGAAAAAUUUGGAACCAUGGUCCCUAUACUCUGCAGUCAGCAGAUGUGGGACUGAGCCAUACAUGCCCUUGAAUUUCUGUCUGACCCUCUCUAGCAAGUGGGGUUUUCUUUAACUUGGAAGUAUGCAGAGGUGUGGAAAUGUCUCCUAUCCCUAUUCCCCCUGCACCAGAAUCUAGUUUUUCUACAGUGUAAGAAGCAGCAAUCUUGCUGGGCUGGGGAAGCCAGAAGUGGCAAUAAAAGUUUGUUGACAUGG